AGGGAAUGUGGGAUAUGGUUGACUUUAAAACAUCCCAACAUCACACCCUUCCUCGGCUGGGCACUGAAGAUCUCUAAUGUGAUUCAUGCACAUAUUUUUACAGAGUUGGCAGUGAAUCAUUCCAUUGCACGCUUCAUCAAAUCGCACCCCGAUGCAAACAUGAAAAAACUGCUUCGUGACUCUGCUGAAGGAAUAGAGUACCUUCAUGCAGAAGGUAUCAUCCAUGGUGAUAUAAAACCUACAAACAUUCUUGUCAAUUCAGACCUGAGAGCAGUUCUUUGUGAUUUUGGACUGGCAAGAAGAAUCGGUGACCCCCAAACCGAUCCCCAGGAUGACAGCGUUAAUACAACGCACCAAUACUCUGCACCCGAGUUGCUGUUGGGAAUAUCCCUUGAGCCUCCAGUCCGAACAGAGGCCACAGAUGUAUGGGCAUUUGGUUGCACCGGACUCGAGGUAAGGGGAUUCAAAGGUUCAUGGAUCGUUAACUUAAGCCUCUUCUUUUCCUAG